CGGGGCUGCGGCGGCGGCGGGAGAGGGGCGCCCCCUGGCGGAGAGCGCUGAGGGAAGGGAGCCCAGAGCUGCUGCUGCCGCCUCUCGCCGGUGACACAGCCGUCCCCAUCAGCCGCCACCAUGGGCUCCGUGCGCUCCCUGUCUGCCGUCAGCACCGCCCCGAGCCGCAGGAGCGGCGAGGAUGAGGAGGAUGAGGAUGCACCGGCCAGCCGGGAGCCCGUGCAGGACGGGGCCAAGAUUCCCUACAUGGAAUUCACGGGCCAGGACAGCGUCACCUGUCCCACCUGCCAAGGCACCGGCUGCAUCCCCACAGAGCAGGUGAACGAGUUGGUGGCUCUGAUCCCCUACAGCGACCAACGGCUUCGUCCUCAGAGAACGAAACUCUAUGUGCUGCUCUCAGUGCUGCUCUGCCUGCUGCUGUCUGGCCUGGGGGUUUUCUUCGUGUUCCCCCACUCUGUGCUGGUGAACGACGAUGGCAUCAAAGUGGUCCAGGUGUGGUUUGACAGGAAAAACUCCGCCGUCCUCCUGGCCAUCACGGCCACGCUGAGGAUCAGGAAUUCCAACUUCUACUCGGUGUCAGUGAGCAGCCUGAGCAGCCAGGUGCAGUACAUGAACACCGUGGUGGGCAGCCAGCAGCUCACCAACGUCUCCAGCAUCCAGCCCCUGAGGGACAAACUGGUGAAUUUCACCGUGAAGGCAGAGCUGGGUGGAUCCCUGUCCUAUGUGUAUUUUUUCUGCACUUUGCCCAAGGUGAAGGUCCACAACAUCGUGAUCCUCAUGAGGACCUCGGUGAAGCUCUCCUACAUCGGCCACAGCGCCCAGAGCGCCCUGGAGACCUUCCACUACCUGGACUGCAGCUCCAACUCCUCGGCCCCGGCGCGGGGAGCACCCUGAGGGCAGCGAGGCAGCCGCAGCCACCUCCGACCGACGGCAGGGGGACCGUGAGUGGCUCUGCGGGGACAAACCCGCCGGGGUUUGCUUUCUGCCACAGAAUCGGGAACUUUCCCUGCUCAAUUGAGGGCUGGAAUGCCAGAGAUUUCCAGUGGUUUGCACCUGUUCUGGAAGCUUGGCACCGGCAGGGUGUUUUGGGGCAAAUGGAUUUGAUUUUUGAGAGUAAAUGAGUUUAUUUUUUCUCGGUGGAAAUGAGUUUGUUUUCCUGCUCAAUAUGGCAGCACCUCAGGACCCCAAAAAAGGGACAGUUCCCACCCGGAAUGAGCCUCUGUUUCACCUGGAAGGAGGCAAAGGAACCCAAACCUUUGGAAUAAACUUCUCCCUCAUUUUUCCCCUGCGGCUCCGACCCCGUUGGCAUCCAGAGGCUCUUCCCUGGGGUUUGAAAUUCGGGAAUUUGCUGCUUUUUGUGCUCCACUUCCCAAAGCAGCAGGGAUUGGAGGGGGUUCUGUGGGAGGCUGGGAUUCCAAGGCCUCCCUGCCGGGAGCUGGACAUUCCUGCCAGCAAAAUCCAGCUGCCAGCUCGGCCCCCGCAGCCCUUUGGCAUUUUGCCCCUUUUUGGGAGUUUUUUUCUGGAAUUUCAGCCCUCCUUUCCCGUGGGAUUCGGGAACCAGACACAGCUACAUGUGAGGGGAUUCUUCCUCAGUGGAAAAAUUACUGGAUUUUUGGGUGACAGUGGCACAAAAUCCACACUUUGCUCCCUUUUCCAGCAGGAGAUUCCUGCCCCUGCAGCAUUUGUAGGGCUGAAUUCUUCAUUAAACCUGAUUUGGAUC